GCGAACGAACAUCAUGCAUUGGUCUGUUUGCAAUCCAAAGUUUAGUUAGCUAUAGUAAUACGACAGCUCGAGUCGCAGACAGACAGGCACAAGCCCGUGGUCGAGACAAAAAGCUCUCGCAGACAAUACGCUAGCUAAACGCGCAGUGAACCCUUCGUUCAGGCCCUACCGGUCCCAGUGGUGUGUCGUGAGAAGAAAUGGCAGUUGCAGCAGCCCAGAAGAACCGCGAAAUGUUCGCCAUCAAGAAAUCCUACAGCAUUGAGAACGGCUACCCAUCUCGCCGUCGCUCGCUGGUAGACGACGCCCGCUUUGAGACCCUAGUUGUAAAACAGACGAAACAAAGUGUCUUGGAAGAAGCUCGCGCCCGCGCCAAUGACUCUGGCUUGGACUCCGAAUUUAUCCAAGAUGGAAUUCAUAUUGGCAAUGGCGAUAACACCCCUACUGUCGAAGAUGGAACCCAACAAGACGAGACUAAAAAUGGGCAUCUUGCAGAUGCAGAUGUUGGCGAUAACAAGGCAGAUGAGGACUACACUCUCACCGAAGAGGAAGUAAUCCUUCAAAAUGCUGCGAGUGAAUCCCCCGAAGCAGAGCAAGCCGUGCAGCAAGCUGCUCUGCUGCUUCGCAUGCGGGACGGCAUGGGUUCUCUCGCUCGCAUCCUUAAGACUAUUGACAACUACAAGGGAUGCAUCCAACAUCUUGAAACUCGUCCGUCUCAAGUCCCCGGAGUACAAUUUGAUGCCUUGCUGAAGGUUACCAUGUCGCGUAUCAACCUUCUCCAGUUAAUUAGAUCUCUUCGACAGUCAACGGCUUUCGCCGGAGUCAAUCUCAUGUCUGAGAACAACAUCUCCAGCAAAACCCCGUGGUUCCCCUGCCACGCUUCCGAUCUCGACAACUGCAACCAUCUCAUGACUAAAUACGAACCUGAGUUGGACAUGAACCAUCCUGGUUUUGCUGACAAAGAGUACAGAGAGCGCAGGAAACAAAUUGCGGAGAUCGCUUUCGCUUACAAGUACGGUGACCCGAUCCCAUCCAUCUCGUACACUGAGAGCGAAAACGCCACCUGGCAGCGUGUGUUCAACACCGUUUUGGACCUGAUGCCCAAACACGCCUGCAAGGAAUACAAGGUGGCUUUCGGCAAACUGCAAGCCGCAGACAUCUUCGUGCCUCACCGUAUUCCUCAGCUAGAGGAUGUGAGCAGCUUCCUGCGCAAGCACACCGGUUUCACACUGCGCCCCGCAGCUGGUCUUCUCACCGCUCGCGACUUCCUCGCCUCCCUCGCCUUCCGUGUGUUCCAAUCCACACAAUACGUACGUCACGCAAACUCGCCAUUCCACACCCCCGAACCUGAUUGUAUCCACGAGCUUCUUGGCCAUAUUCCGCUCUUGGCUGACCCUAGCUUUGCGCAGUUCUCACAAGAAAUUGGACUUGCUUCACUUGGCGCCUCGGACUCUGAAAUUGAAAAACUCUCAACUGUAUACUGGUUCACGGUCGAAUUCGGGCUGUGCAAGGAGAACCAACAGCUGAAGGCUUAUGGUGCCGCUCUGUUGUCCUCCAUUGGAGAAUUACUCCACGCUCUUAGCGACAAGCCGGAACUUAGGCCGUUCGAGCCCGCAUCUACAUCCGUGCAACCCUACCAAGAUCAAGAAUAUCAGCCUAUCUACUAUGUAGCCGAGAGUUUCGAAGAUGCCAAAGAAAAAUUCAGACGCUGGGUGUCCACCAUGUCCCGACCCUUCGAAGUGCGCUUCAACCCACACACGGAGCGCGUGGAGGUCCUGGACUCCGUGGACAAGCUGGAGACGCUCAUCUGGCAGCUCAACACCGAACUGCUGCAUCUCACCAAUGCCGUCAAGAAGCUUAAGGGCUCACAUUUCGAGUGAUUGCCCUACCUUUAGUACACAUCAACGGUUCAGUGCACGCGACCUUGUCGCAUUCUGUAUAGCUAGUGAUAUUAUAGAUGUAAGAUUGUUGUUGGCGUGUGUGGAGCGUUUGUGAGCGAGUGUGAAAACCAUCCGAUGGUACUUCGUUGAAUUCCUUUUGUACCUUAUUAUAUUAUUUAUUAUGCCGAGCUCAUUGCCCGGGACUCGGAAAGUGCACGGAGCUCCCUAUUGCCCAUUUAUGGAGGCUGUGCGCGUUUCGCGAAUCCUUUACUAUUAUUAGAUAUAAUUUAUAAUUUAAAGAAAGACACAAACAAACAAAAAAUGGAGCACCAAAAACAUAAAAAAAAUCAAACAAAAUAUAUGCGUUUGAGUGAAA